UGACAUGACAGCGCAUAAUUAAAGCUUGAAUGUUGACGAAAGUUUGGCCUUUCACGUUCGCCGUUCGCCUAACGUCAGCCAUGAUACUGAAAAACGCUUCGCUCGCUUUCGAACGGCGUCACGGGAGGGAGAGGCUUCGUCGGAAACGUCCCUCCCUUCCUCCAGGAGUCCAGCCACGGUCAUGAACAUUAACGACAGGAUGAAUUUGAUUGGCGUGCCGGAGUACGCACCCCUUUAGCCUCAGUAGAGGGGCUCAUGAGCGCUUUGCGCUUCCUUACGAACAUUGCUGUCCUUCGACCCCUUUUACGGCUGGAAGUGACAGUCGCUGUUGGCAAAGACAUUCCGAUGACACGAGGAGGUCUUCGGGAAUGUAAACGUGAUAGAAAUGAAAAAAUAUUCCCACCCAUCAGCACUCCAGUGGGAUUGACAGUGAAUUCAUCAGCAGGCCACAGUCAAGCUAAUCCCUUUAUAAAGAUUAUUGAGCAAGAAUUUAUGCAUGCAAUAGACAAAACUGCAGUACCAACACAUGUUCUUAAUACUAAUGAUGGUGUGCCCAAUGAGACAGAAGCAAACAUGGGAGUUUCAGACACAGACAUGGAUGAUGGAGGUGAAGAUGGCUCAUUCUCAGAGCUAGGUAAUCAAAAUACCAAUUGGCCACACAAAGCAGUGCUACUUUUAAUUGACUUGUAUAAGAAGCAUUUGCCCAAAUUUAACUCAAAGAACAUCAAGAAAAAGGGUGUUUGGAAUCUAUUAUCACAAGAAAUGAAGAGGAAGGGAUAUGAUCUUAGUGGUGAGGCAUGUGAUAAGAAAUUCAGGGCCUUGAAACAUAGGUACAAAAUUAUCAUGGAAAAUAUAAAUGCAACUGGUCGAAGGAAUAGGAAAUGGGAAUACUUUGACCUUAUGGGAAAGCUACUAGAGGAUGACCCACAGUUUAAAGUGAACAGCUCAUCUGCUAAUGAAGUUCCAUCCAGCCCAAGUGAUACAGUGAGCAACUUUUCAGAUGAAUCACAUGAGGAGGAAGAAGAAGGUCCUCAGGAUGAAGAUGUUUCAUUAAAGAAUCAUGUUAUUUGGACCCACAGUAGGAAGCUUUUGCUGUUGAAACUCUGUAGGGAUCAUAAGAAUGAUGACCAAUCAACUGAUGUCUGGAAAACUGUGUCCGAUGAGAUGAAAGAAAAGGGUUGUGAUAUAAGUGCUGAUGUAUGUGAGAAGAAAUUCAGAUACUUUAAGUACAGGUUUAAAAAGAUAAUGGAAUGCGAGGACCCAAUCCAAGAAGGAAACAAGUGGGUAUACUUUGAAAUUAUGAAGAGUCUUUUGGAAGGUGAUUCUAUAUUCAAGCACAAGUCGAAUUCAGCACCAGUUCCUGUAGCACAGUUUAAAAUAGAAACUGGAGGAAAUAUUCAUGAAGAGAGUGAGGAUGUUGGAAAUGGGAAUGAAGCAAGAGGUGACAGUAAGCAUUUUUCAGAUACGUACAUGAUGGAGGAAUUAGAGGAUGCUCAGGAUGACUCAUUGACUGGUACUUAUAUUCCUACAGUAUGGUCACAUAGAGCAAUACUUAUGUUGAUAAAGCUCUACAAAACUCAUACAUCAGCUUUCAAGUCUCCAACAGUGAAGAAAUCUGAUGUCUGGAAAACCAUAUCUACAAAAAUGCAGUCUAUGGGUCAUAACUACAAUGCAGAAGCAUGUGACAAAAAAUUUAGAUGCCUUAAAUAUAGGUACAGCAAAAUUAUGGAGGACAGCGAAAUUGGACGAGGCAAGAAAUGGCAGUACUUCCAGGCAAUGCGGUCCGUGUUUGAGGGUGAUCAGAGUUAUGAACCAAUAAAGAUUGUAUCUACCAUGACUUUGCCUCCAGAUG